CUUCUUCUUGGUCCUUUCUGUAGUUCCGAUUUAAAGCUUUUUGACUAAUUUUCCUUCUUCUUGUUGGUUACUUUCUCUUGAUCUCAGAUUAUUACUCUAUUCCACGCAAAGAGGAAGUCUAAAGAUGUCAUCAUCAUAUAACACAAACGUUGUUCCUUCACCAUCAUCCUCCACUCAGCCGUUCUUCAUAAGUGGCUCCAGCGCCGGAGAUAAUGCCUUUGACCGGAAGGAUACUUUUAUGUCAAUGAUUCAAUAUCCUAACUCCUCGGCUCCACCACCCAAGAAACGAAGAAACCAACCGGGAAACCCAAAUCCUGAUGCGGAAGUGGUAGCGUUGUCUCCAACCACACUAAUGGCUACAAACAGAUUCAUAUGCGAUGUAUGCAAAAAAGGGUUUCAAAGAGAACAAAAUCUACAGCUUCACCGAAGAGGGCACAAUCUCCCAUGGAAGCUCAAACAGAAGUCAACCAAAGAAGUGAAGAAGAAAGUGUAUAUUUGCCCGGAACCAACGUGCGUCCACCAUGACCCUUCACGUGCUCUCGGAGACCUCACCGGAGUCAAGAAGCAUUACUAUCGUAAACAUGGAGAAAAGAAGUGGAAAUGCGACAAAUGUUCUAAGCGUUAUGCGGUUCAAUCGGAUUGGAAAGCUCACUCUAAGACUUGUGGUACUAAAGAGUAUCGAUGUGACUGUGGUACCAUCUUCUCUAGACGCGAUAGUUACAUUACACACAGGGCUUUCUGUGAUGCAUUGAUACAAGAGACUGCUAGAAACCCUACCGUGUGCUUCACGUCAAUGGCAACUGCUAGCAGCGGCGCCGGCUCCCGUGGAUUUUACGGGAGACUCGACGGUGGCAACGCUCUCUCCCACCACCAUUUGAGUGACCAUCUCAACUCCGGAUUUUCGCCUUUCUCGAGUUACAAUCUAAACGUUGCAUCUUCUGAAAAUAGCAGAGACUUUACUCCGCAAACGUCAAACCCUAACAUCUUAAUCCAAUGCUCAUCGAGCCAAGGGAUGCUGACUGUAGCAAACAACAACGAUCAAAGUUUCAUGAACCAACACGGUCAGAUCCAGUUUGAGCCAGUCAACAACAUAAACCUCAAGAGUAGCACCACCAACAACAACAGCUUCUUCAACCUCGGAUUCUUUCAAGAAAACACCAAGAACUCAGAGACAACUCUUCCUUCUCUAUAUACCACGGACGCUCGUGUUCAUCACCGUGAAGAAAGUUUGAACGUGGGUUCUAACGUGUCAGCCACGGCACUGCUUCAGAAAGCUACUCAAUUGGGUUCAAUCACAAGCAGCGACUCUUCUGCUUUGUUCAGAGGCUUAGCUUCUUCGUCAAGUGUGGUUGCUAAUGACUUUGGAGGAGGGCAGAUUAUGGGGAAUGAUAAUAACGGUAACCUUCAAGGCCUGAUGAACUCACUAGUGGCCGUAAAUGGCGGUGGUGCCGGCAGAUCCGGUGGCAAUACAUUCAACGUUGACUUCGGCGGAUCCGGUGGCUCGGACAACUUAACUUUGGAUUUUCUUGGAGUUGGAGGAAUGGUGAGAAAUGUAAAUCACGGUGGUGCUGGUCGUGGAGACGUUUCUUUGAAUGGUGAACUGAAGUUUCAUGAGUAAAAUUAUCCGUUUGUAAGAACUUGAUAAUGACUUAUUAUUAUAGACCUUAUAAUUAGAUGAUAACUUUGUUACCUUCGUUUUGUUGUCGUCUAUAUAUUAUGAUCUUUCUGAACUCUUUAAUUUAUGUCUGAUUUUGAUUUGAGUCUGUCUUUUUUUUUUGAAUUACGAUUGGAGUCUGUCUUUGUUUAGUUGUUAUAUAAUAAAAAUAAAUGUAAGUUUCGA